AUGCACUGUCUGUGGCUCAACAACCGCAAAACACCGCGCACACAAUUCGCCUUGCCAUUCAUCAACCCCGGCUCUGCAUCGUCACCGGCUCAAUUAUCGCCAUCAUCACCAUCAUCGUCAACCCCACCAAGAUCCACCAUGUCGUCAUCAGCGACCAGCUCAGCGGCAGUCCAACCUGGCACUCCAUCCCUUGACCCUGCCUUGGUCGCAGACUUCCAGCGGCACUUAACCAAAUCUCGAAAUAUCGUGGCCCUCAUUGGCGCCGGGCUUUCGGCCUCGUCGGGACUCGCCACCUUUCGCGGCCCUGGCGGGAUGUGGCAAAACCACGAUGUGUUCCUACUAGCCUCCCCUGCUGGCUUCGUCAACGACCCAGGUCUGGUUUGGCAGUUCUAUUCGUAUAGGCGCGAGCAGGCCCUCAAGGCCCAACCAAACAAGGCCCACAAAGCCCUUGCUGAGCUGGCUAGGAAAGUGCCGGGCUUCACGAUGCUGACCCAGAACGUCGAUAACCUGUCCCCGCGCGCUGGUCAUCCAGACGACCAAUUGCUACAGUUGCAUGGGAAUCUGUUCGACCUCAAAUGUUGGAAUGAAUCCGGCUGUGGCUAUACAGAAAAGGGCAAUACAACGGUCCCGCUGACGCCAGCGCUCGACACGGCGCUGAUCAGGGGCCCAAAUGACGGAGUCCUGGAUGGUUCCACUCGACCGCGUGCUAACCCGCUCAUGCUGGCCGGCUUGGAGCGUAUAAAUCGUGAAAUUCUAGGUGAAGACUACGUCUCCAGCGAACCGACCGUUAAUGAUGUGGCUCCUCUCGGCAGCACCCAGGGCAAAGGCGUGCCGCUUGGCAAUACUUUGCAAUCAAAAAUCGACAAAAAAGACCUGCCACAAUGUCCCAAGUGCAAGAGCAACCUGCUGCGGCCGGGCGUUGUCUGGUUUGGCGAGGCGCUGCCCGAAGACACAAUCAACAAGGCGGAGGCUUUAUUUGAAGACGAGGCGGAUCCUAUCGAUCUUUGUCUUGUCAUUGGGACAUCGGCACAGGUUUGGCCUGCUGCUGGCUACGUGGCCGAAGCCAGAAACAAGGGGGCGAGAGUCGCCGUGGUGAACCUGUACGAAGACGAUGUAAGGAAGAAUGUCAUCGCCGGGAGGGAUUGGGCGUUUAUCGGCGAUGCGGCCGAGGUCAUCCCGCUGAUCUUGAAGCCUGUGAUUGGUGAGGUCUAG